GCGCACUGCUUAUUUCCCGCUGUCAGGAUGAGGAGGUGGAGGUCGGCGGUCGGGUCCGUCUCUGCCCGCGGCUGUGGCGGCGCCGGCGGCUCCAGCCUUAGCGGUUCCUCCCUGGGCGGCGGCGGCGGCGGCUCGGUCGACGCCUCCUCCGCCAGCUGAGCCCGCGGGAGCCCGGGACGCCGCUUCCCCGCCCAUCCCCGCUCCUCGAGGCCGGCCGCCUGGUCAUGGCGCAGCCGGGCCCGGCUUCCCAGCCUGACGUUUCUCUUCAGCAACGGGUAGCAGAACUGGAAAAAAUUAACGCAGAAUUUUCACGUGCACAACAGCAGCUUGAGCAAGAAUUUAAUCAAAAGAGAGCAAAAUUUAAGGAGUUAUAUUUGGCUAAAGAGGAGGAUCUGAAGAGGCAAAAUGCAGUAUUACAAGCUGCACAAGAUGAUUUGGGACACCUUCGAACCCAGCUGUGGGAAGCUCAAGCAGAGAUGGAGAACAUUAAGGCGAUUGCCACAGUCUCUGAGAACACCAAGCAAGAAGCUAUAGAUGAAGUGAAAAGACAAUGGAGAGAAGAAGUUGCUUCACUUCAGGCUGUCAUGAAAGAAACAGUUCGUGACUAUGAGCACCAGUUUCACCUUAGGCUGGAGCAGGAGCGAACACAGUGGGCACAGUAUAGAGAAUCCGCAGAGAGGGAAAUAGCUGAUUUAAGAAGAAGGCUGUCUGAAGGUCAAGAGGAGGAAAAUUUAGAAAAUGAAAUGAAAAAGGCCCAAGAGGAUGCUGAGAAACUUCGAUCUGUUGUGAUGCCGAUGGAAAAGGAGAUUGCAACUUUGAAGGAUAAACUGACAGAGGCUGAAGACAAAAUUAAAGAGCUGGAGGCCUCAAAGGUUAAAGAACUGAAUCAUUAUCUGGAAGCUGAGAAAUCUUGUAGGACUGAUCUAGAGAUGUAUGUAGCUGUUUUGAAUACUCAGAAAUCUGUUCUACAGGAAGAUGCUGAGAAACUGCGGAAAGAACUGCAUGAAGUUUGCCAUCUCUUGGAGCAAGAGCGACAACAACACAACCAGUUAAAACAUACGUGGCAGAAGGCCAAUGACCAGUUUCUGGAAUCUCAGCGUUUACUGAUGAGAGACAUGCAGCGAAUGGAGAUUGUGCUAACUUCAGAACAGCUCCGACAAGUUGAAGAACUGAAGAAGAAAGAUCAGGAGGAUGAUGAACAACAAAGACUCAAUAAGAGAAAGGUUCACAAAAAAACAGAUGUUGAAGAAGAAAUAAAAAUACCAGUAGUGUGUGCUUUAACUCAAGAAGAAUCUUCAGCCCAGUUGUCAAAUGAAGAGGAGCAUUUAGAUAGCACCCAUGGUUCAGUCCAUUCCUUAGAUGCAGACUUAUUGUUGCCAUCUGGAGAUCCUUUCAGUAAAUCAGACAAUGACAUGUUUAAAGAUGGACUCAGAAGAGCACAGUCUACAGACAGCUUGGGAACCUCGGGCUCAUUGCAAUCCAAAGCUUUAGGCUAUAACUACAAAGCAAAAUCUGCUGGAAACCUGGACGAGUCAGAUUUUGGACCACUGGUAGGAGCAGAUUCAGUGUCUGAGAACUUUGAUACUGCAUCCCUUGGGUCACUCCAGAUGCCAAGUGGGUUUAUGUUAACCAAAGAUCAGGAAAGAGCAAUCAAGGCGAUGACACCAGAACAAGAAGAGACGGCGUCCCUCCUCUCUAGUGUUACCCAGGGCAUGGAGAGUGCCUAUGUGUCCCCCAGUGGUUAUCGUUUAGUUAGUGAGACAGAAUGGAAUCUCUUGCAGAAAGAGGUGCAUAAUGCUGGAAAUAAACUUGGUAGACGUUGUGAUAUGUGUUCCAAUUAUGAAAAACAGUUACAAGGAAUUCAGAUUCAAGAGGCAGAAACAAGAGACCAGGUGAAAAAACUACAGCUGAUGCUAAGACAAGCUAAUGACCAGUUAGAGAAGACAAUGAAAGAUAAGCAGGAGCUAGAAGACUUCAUAAAGCAAAGCACUGAAGAUUCCAGUCACCAGAUCUCUGCACUUGUCCUAAGAGCCCAAGCAUCUGAGAUCUUACUUGAAGAGUUACAACAGGGGUUUUCCCAGGCAAAGAGGGAUGUUCAGGAACAGAUGGCAGUGCUGAUGCAGUCACGGGAACAGGUUUCAGAAGAGCUGGUGAGGUUACAGAAAGAUAAUGACAGUCUCCAGGGAAAGCAUAGCUUGCAUGUAUCAUUACAGCAAGCAGAAGACUUCAUCCUCCCAGACACUAUAGAGGCACUGCGGGAAUUGGUAUUAAAAUACCGUGAGGACAUCAUUAAUGUGCGGACAGCAGCAGACCACAUGGAAGAAAAGCUGAAGGCUGAGAUACUUUUCCUAAAAGAGCAGAUCCAAGCAGAACAGUGUUUAAAAGAAAAUCUUGAAGAAACUCUGCAGCUAGAAAUAGAAAACUGCAAGGAGGAAAUAGCUUCCAUUUCUAGCUUAAAAGCUGAAUUAGAAAGAAUAAAGGUAGAAAAAGGACAGUUGGAGUCCACAUUAAGAGAGAAGUCUCAACAGCUUGAGAGUCUUCAGGAAAUGAAGACCCGUUUGGAAGAACAGUUACAGAAAGAGACUGCUGCUAAGGCCACCGUUGAACAACUAAUGUUUGAGGAGAAGAAUAAAGCUCAGAGAUUACAGACAGAAUUAGAUGUCAGUGAGCAAGUCCAGAGAGAUUUUGUAAAGCUUUCACAGACCCUUCAGGUGCAGUUAGAGCGGAUCCGGCAAGCGGACUCCUUGGAGAGAAUUCGGGCAAUUCUGAAUGAUACUAAACUGACGGACAUUAACCAGCUCCCUGAGACAUGACACCCUGAUGGCAGGAUUCUAGCCUGCACUUUGGGUUUUUAACUCAUCUUUAGAGCAACAUUAAUUGUUAUUUAACUCUUACCUGAAGAAAGAGAAGUCACAACAAAAGGAAGACUGGUGAAAUGCUUACUUCUAGAGGGAGAAGACUGUGCGGCACAGGAAACAGCAAACAGUGGGGCGAUUUACAGCCAAGAGACCUUCAAACGGGAACACUAAUGAGAUUCCAGGCUUGAUUCCAACAGGCGUGGGAUCAGAUUUGGUGAUGGAAAAAGUGCUGUUUCCUUGCCUGCUUUCUCCCAUAGAUUUUUGGAAUACAUUUCCCUACCCUAAAGCAACAUCCCAGUAGUGUUUGGAAUUUUCUGUUCAUAGAUAUUGGAAGAGAGAAUUUGCUUUACCUGUUGUCUAGAGCUCAUCAGUAACAGCAUUCAGUUAGCAGACAGAGGUGUGUAGUAUGCUGUAUGAAUAUUUUAUAUUAAAAUAUGAAGGUUUGAGAGCAGGACAUUGGCUACUGACUGUAUUUCCCUUGCUCAGUACAUUUUUGUUUUCCUUUUACCAUUUUAUCUUGUUUUGGAGGACUUUAAAUGCUACUGAAACUUACCUGAGAACCAUAGGACUGUGGCAGACAAAACCAAUUCAGGAAGUGAAUUAAUUAUGAGGAUCUGAAAACUUGGUUGGGGCCAUAUAUAUAUAUAUAUAUAUAAAAGUUGAACGUUAAAGGAAAAGCACAAGAAACUUUGGAAGCACUUUUUCUGCAAACUUAGAUGAUCUUCAUGGGCCCACAGGUACCAGGAUAAAGCCAAAUUGGUACCAUCUACUCUUUAGAAGUGUUUUAGUCUAGUCAUUGGAUCAGUGAAAAACAUUAAUAAAACAAGCUUUGUCUGACAACCUCUAGUAUACAUUUACAAAUCUGCUUAUUUUUCCAACUUGGAUCAUUAGGCUUAAGUACUACUUGUUUCAAAUGUGUCAAAAACAAAAAUGGUAACUAGGUUGACAGAUAUUUUGUAUUUUUUCUUUUAAAUUCAGAUCUGCAACGUAAGUAACAAUGCUUCUGGAAAGCCAGUUAGAAUAUUGACCAGUUUGGAAAUCUGCCUUCUCACUUUACAAGAGGUUAGAUUCCUUUGCUGUGUGAGGAAAGCCUCAAUGAAACAGGUCUUUGCCAUAACUUGAUGAUUGAGUGCUACAGAAAGCACAAAGAACUGAUUCAUGUUCACCAAUACCUGCCGAGUACUGUCCCAGGAAUAUCCAGUGGAUGGAUGGCUACACUGUUUAAUUCAUCAUCCAGAUGGUUCAAAGGUAAAAUGGUUUUCAAAUAAUUUUUGAGAUUGGUUGCAUCACAGUGGGGUACCUGAAAGAGGCUUCUGGGAGUUAGUGAACUAGGUAGAUUGUUUUGUUCACAUAAAGCCACCAUCCACUUAAAUUGUCUUUGUUAUAAAUAAGGUCACUAUGGACUUGCCCUAAAGAUCUUCUGUACUUGUCUUCCAUAGGACAAAUGCUAAGUACUACAUACCUCAUCUCUUGGCUUAUUAUUGUAGUCUUGCAUUCAUGAUUAUGAAUUUAAAAAUAAAUGCUAAUUAUGGAAAUAAUACUAAAGGCUUGCUGCGCAUGAAACAUUAUUUUAAUUGGUUUAAAGUCCCUUGAUAAAGAGUGCUGUACAGUUUAGAUAAAGGAAACACGUAACUAUCGAGUUACAGGGGAUUUUAUUAAUUAUAAAAAUGCAAUAAAUUUAAAUUAUGUAGGUUUAAGACUAGUCCCUUGGAUAAGCCCCAAAGUUGUCUUCAGAUUAUUAAAAUUAGUGCUGUAAAUCAGGGUGGGCAAUUCACAGCCUUUCUGAACUGACUGAACUAUAGCUUGCAGUGAAAUGUUCUGCUGAGAUGAGCACCUUACAGAUUUUUUUUUCUAGAAUAUGGUACUGGGUAAUAAAAUCAUCACAAUUUAGGGAACGGUUAGUGGUUUCUACUGUGGCAAAUGCAAACUAUUGGAAUUCACUUUAUUGAGAAAAAUAUUGUAGAAAAACCCAAACGGAGACUCUAGAUUUUGUUUAAAAAUGUGUUUCUGGUAUGAAACAAACUACUGUGACCCUGUACAGGUAGGAAACAAUUCUUUUAACUGGGUUUUCAGCAUUAAUGGGAACUGAUUGAGAAGGCAGGACUUAGCCCUUCUAGGCAAAAGAUAAGAUCAAUUGGGUUUCAUGAGUGUUCCUGUGUUUAUAUUCAGUCUGUGCAUACAUGUUCUCACGCAUGUCUAACCUGAUUUACCUCUUACCUGUAACCUACUUUAUGUGGUUUUUAAUUGGCAGUCACUCAGCCAUUUCUAAGCAGGCAUAGUACUACCUUUCAGAACUCAAUGGCAAGUAUGAAAAAAAGACUUAAAGAGAACUGAGAACAAAGUCACAUUCUGCAUACUAAAUCUCUUUUUUUCUCCCUUUAAGGUGCUAAACUUGCACCUCAUGUCCACUCAAUAACAAGUAUUGUGACAGAGCACAGCCUCACACUCAACUCUGAAAGGUAAUACCACCUGUGAGGAAGUGAGCCAGCAGUGGCUUUUGCAGUUGUGGAUCUUGAGCUCUGCUCUUAGCAGACUUCAGGUGUAACCAUUUGUUAAUUGUACUGAAGGCGUGUCCUUAAGAAAGUGUUCAAAUUAAAAAAGCUGCUGCCGAGUA